AAUUACCGCGCGCUGUUCACUUGUCUAAAUUUCCUCUAUCAGUGUAUUGUUUCGUUUGGAUACUCUAGUGAGUAGAUGUAUUGUAAGCAUAGUAAAACAAGUUAACAUUUGUGUUACCAUUGAUUCUAUUAGCCAAAGUUUAAUAUUUAAAUAAGAUGUCGUUUCAAAUAGACAAAUCCAAAUUAUAUCAAAAAUUGUUUGAAAGUUUUAAAAAAUCUCAUACAAGUACGAAAGUACAAAAUGUACAAAAGUUAGUUAACGAAGUGUGGCGAAAUUACAAAUUACAAGCAAAAUCCGACAAGGAACUAGAUAUUAUUGUAUCUAAGAGAAUCGAAGAAGAAUUGCAAGCGGCGACUAAGAAUAAAUACAAUCUACUACAUUUUUUUUCUAAGGCAACCUGUAAACCUGCAGAAAAAUCACAAAUUAUACAGCCAGCUUUAAAUAUUAAAAAACAAGAAGAAGAUAUAAUAAAACCCGGUAAUGAAUCACAACAGCAAUGCGAAAUUAAUGAAAAUACAGAUAAACAGAGAGCAAAACCUUCUCAGGAAGCUAUGAAAAAUAAGAUUGCUCUACUCGAAAAAAUCUGAAUGCAUUGUAUUCUGCCAGAGAUACUAUGUCAAGCCGUGCUGAAGUUGAUAAACAGAUCAUUAAGUUGGGCGAGGAAAUAAAAACAGCAAAACAGUCUUUAAACAGGAAGGUUCAAAACGCAGUUGCCCAGAAGAAACACAGGGAUGGUAUGAAAAGAAAGUUAGAAGAUAUUUGUCAUGAAAAUCCAGAAAUAAAAAAAAAGACUAUCUCUGAGGGAUUCAUUGGGACGUCCUAAUCUUGAAAGCAAUCAGCCUUCACUAUUGAAAACAAUCGCGGAUAUAGCUUUAUUUGGGAGUGCAGCAGAUGAUAGAAGACGAACGGAAUCAAUUCGCAGCGUAAAAACUCUUGAUGAACUCACACAAGAAUUACGUAAAAUAGGAUUUGACAUUAGUCGCAGUGGGACAUAUCUACGUUUGAUUUCUAGAAAAUCUAAUUCUGCAGAGGGACGAAGACAUGUAUCGACAGUCCCUGUUAAGCUCAUUCGGGCUCAAACUGAUCACCACAAGAGCCAUUUAGAUAGCAAGUUCGCUGAAACAUCAAUCCAUUAUUUAGAGAACAUAGCAUCCAUUCUUGGACCAGAUCAAGUAUUUUUCAUAUCUCAAGAUGAUAAAGCUCGAGUCCCUAUUGGCGUAACUGCGGCAAAUAAGCAGGCACCUCUUUUAAUGCACAUGGAAUAUAGAAUCAAAUUGCCUGAUCACGAUUGGGUAAUCGCUGAGUGUCAUAAAUUAAUACUAUCUGUUUAUGCUGGUAUCAAAAUCAAUUCCAAUAUGCUAGGACAACCGCAAGCCGUUGGAUAUUCUGGACCAACAUACAUCGCCAUUCGAAGUGGAAAGCAUAGUUCAUCUACUGCUAAUAGUCAUGCUCAGGAUUUCGAGACGCUUCUCGAACUUGAAGAGUUUCGACCAUUAGCUAAAACUGACCAUGGACUAAUAAAACCAGUGGUAAUCAUGACGGUUGAUGGAGGGCCAGAUGAAAAUCCGCGUUAUCAAAAAGUCAUAGGGUUUGCUAUACAACACUUUAAGCGACAUGAUCUCGAUGCAUUGUUUUUAGCUACCAAUGCUCCUGGAAGAAGUGCGUAUAACAGAGUAGAGCGCAGAAUGGCUCCUCUUAGCCGGGAACUGGCUGGUUUAAUAUUGCCUCAUGACCACUUUGGGUCUCAUUUGGAUGAACGUGGCGUUACAAUUGAUGAACAUUUAGAAAGAUCUAAUUUCGAAUUUGCAGGAAAUGUAUUAGCUGAAGUAUGGAGUUCAAUGGAAAUUGAUGGCUAUAAUGUUAAUGCAAAAUAUGUUGGGGCAGGUGAACAAGUUCUUCCUGAUUUUCCAGACAUUAAAUGGUAUUCAGAACAUGUGCGUGAAAGCCAAUACUUGCUUCAAAUUGUAAAAUGUAGAAAUACAGAAUGCUGUCGUCCAAGAAGUGGCCUAUUUAGAUUACUAGACAACAGGUUUCUUCCACCACCUGUAAAAGUAAAACAAACAGUUGAUGACUUGGUUUUGGAUGAAGGAGGGCAAUUUCUUAAUCUUCCAGUCAAUUUAGCUCUACGCUUAAGUGCUUCACUCAAAGAUUUCCUGCAAAUGCCCUACGAUUAUUUUUGUCCGACGGUAAAAUUGAGGCUAUCAAGUCGAACAUGCAAAACGUGUGGUCUUUAUCAUGCUUCCGUCAAGUCACUAAAUCGUCACAUCGAAAACAUCCAUAAAAAAGUAAACACGCACACUGAUAGUAAAGUUAGACCUGUAAGAGUCGCUGCUCGUCGUGCUAAUGAACUGAUGUGCAUUAUUCAAAAUUUAGAGCACCAUGAUGUUGAAUGGCUCGAUGAGAACGACGUAGACAUUCCAAAAUCGGAUGAAAGCGAGCAGACUCACAACUCUGAGCAGCAAUCGAAGCAAUCCAAUGUCAUCGAAAACUUAGAAUCAUGGAUUCGGGUUUCAUGGACUGAAGACUGUUAAUUUGAAUUUAAUAUGUGCACGAAAAAUUUAAAAUAAGUUUGUUAUGUUAGUAAGAUAUAUUUUUGUCCUUAACUCUAUGUUGAAUACCAUAUCAGUAAAAUAUAAUUUCCAUCCUAAAUCUAUUUUCUUAUUUUUCAAAUUAUAAUUAUAACGUUAUAAUUAUAAUAUAAAAAAGAAACAAUACAUUGAUUGACAAAUGUUUACGUAAGCAUGGGGGCAGGGGGUAAGAGCUUUGCUUACUUUUGCUGACAAGGGGGAUGGGGGGGU